AUGACGCCCAUCAUUUUUCUCAGCACUUUCUUGCUUCAUUUCACUGAUGCUGUGGCUUCAGAACCGCGCUAUAUCCUAUGGGUCUCUUCUGUGAUGCAGAGUUUUUCCACAGAAAAAGCUUGUCUCCAUCUUUUAAACCUUAAUGAAUCCGUGUCCUUGAGCAUCAUCCUAGAAUAUGAUGGAUCUAAUACUACUAUUUUUGACCAGUCUGUGGAAGAGGAGAACUUCUAUGCAUGUGCAAGUUUCAAGGUGUCUCAGAAAUCUGCCAAGCAGUUGGCUUUUGUGACACUGUUUGCUCAGGGAGACACUCUUAAAAUCUCUGAGAGAAGAGCUGUUGCAAUCGCUGUGGAGGAGAAUGCAACUUUUGUGCAGACAGAUAAACCCAUCUACAAGCCUGGAGCCAAUGUUCACUUUCGCAUUGUGACACUGAAUACCUGGUUCAAAUCUGUUGAUAGCUUGUAUCCUUUAAUCACACUUCAGGAUCCACAAAACAACGUGAUUUUUCAGUGGCAAAAUGUAACUUCUUUCCGAAAUAUUACACAACUCUCAUUCCAACUGACUCCAGAGCCAAUGUUUGGUGAUUACACAAUUGUUGUGAGAAGACAGUCAGGAACGACAGUGACUCAUCAAUUCACCGUUAAUCAAAAUGCGAUGCCCAAAUUUGAAGUUGAGGUCAGUGCACCACAAACGAUAACUAUUGCAGAUGACCAAUUUCAAAUGAAUGCAUGCGCAAAGUACACGUAUGGCCAGCCUGUGCAAGGGAAAGCCCAGAUCCGGGUGUGCAGAGAAUUUUCUUCUGCUAGGGAUUGUGAGAACAACAACAAUGAAAUAUGCGAGCAGUUUACUGCACAGCUGAAAGGUGGCUGUGUUUCUCAAAUUGUAAAUACGAAAGCCUUCCAACUGUACCGUUCUGGAUUUUUCAUGUCAUUUCAGGUCACUGUAAUUGUUACAGAAUUUGGAACAGGUGCACAGAUCAGUAAAACAACCUCUAUCUUUAUAACUUCAUUGCUUGGCAGUGUGAGCUUUGAGAAUUUGGACCUUUACUACAGAAGAGGGAUUUCUUAUUUGGGAACUCUUAGAUUUUAUGGUCCUAAUAAUGUACCAAUGGUGAGCAAGGUGUUGCAACUGUACCUCAAUGAUAGACUUAUAGGAAAUUACACUACGGAUGAGAACGGGGAAGCUCAGUUUUCCAUUGACACUACAGAGAUAUUUGAUCCACAGAUCAACUUGCAAGCCACAUAUGCUCGACCCAUGAGCUGCCGUCAUUCCAGCUGGCUGGCGCCUGAGUAUUUGGAUGCCCACUCCUCUGUCUCCCGCUUUUACUCCCGAACCAACAGUUUCCUGAAGAUUGUUCCUGAACCAAAGCAACUUCCUUGUAACCAAGAGAAGAUGGUUACAGUGCUUUACUCUCUAAACCAUGCAGCAUACAAGAAUGGUUCAGAUGUAAACUUCUUCUAUUUGGUGAUGGUAAAAGGAAGCAUCUUUCUUAGUGGACAGAAGCAAAUCAGAAACCAAGGCUGGAGUGGAAACUUCUCUAUCCCAAUCAACUUCAGUGCAGACCUGGCACCUCUGGCUGUUGUGUUUGUCUAUACCCUUCACCCCAGUGGGGAAAUUGUUGCUGAUAGUGUCAAGUUCCAGACUGACAAGUGUUUUAAAAACAAGGUUAGCAUAAAGUUCUUGAAGGAGCAGGGUAUACCUGGAUCCAACACCAGCCUGCAUCUUCAAGCAGCCCCAGACUCAUUCUGUGGCCUGCAGGCAGUGGACAAAAGUGUCCUUUUGCUGAAGCCUGAGCAAGAGCUGUCAGCCAAAAGUGUGUACAGUCUGCUUUCAAAUGUUCAACCAUAUGGUUAUUUCUACCAUGGUCUCAACCUGGAUGAUGGCAAAGUAGACCCAUGCAUCCCUCAGAAGGAUAUGUUCCAUGAUGGAUUGUACUACACACCUGUAAGCAACGCCGGGGAUGGGGAUAUCUCUAAUAUCAUCAGGGACAUAGGUCUGAAAGCCUUUACUAAUCUCUACUACCGGAAACCAGAAGUGUGUUUACUGGAACACCUGCCCUUAAUGAGGUUCGCUCUCCCAGAAGGACAGAUGUCAUUGUACAGUGCUCUGGAUGCAGCUGCCUUUGAUGGUGUAGACAGUACCAAAACUGUCAACCACGCAGAACAGGCCAUCAAGGAGACUAUCAGAACAAACUUUCCGGAGACAUGGAUAUGGGACCUCACUGGCGUAGAUUCCUCAGGUUCCGCAAAUCUCUCAUUCCUGGUUCCUGAUACUAUAACUCGGUGGGAGGCCAGCGCCUUCUGUGUGAAUAGCGACUCUGGGUUUGGCAUUUCACCCAAAGCUUCUCUUCGAGUCUCUCAGCCCUUCUUUGUUGAAAUUUCCUCACCCUUUUCUGUUGUUCGAAAUGAACAAUUCGAUGUGAUCGUCGGUGUCUUCAGCUACCUGAAUACAUGUGUAGAGAUUUCUGUCCAAUUAGAAGUAUCUCAGAAUUCUGAAGCCAGCAUCAACACCUUGAAUAACAAUGGCAGUGAUGUUAUCCAGGCUGGAGAAAGGAAAACAUAUGUCUGGACCAUUUUUCCAAAGAAACUGGGUAAAGUGAAUAUUACUGUAGUUGCUACAUCUAAACAAAGUAGCACCUGCCCAAGUGAAGCCACCGAGCAACAAAAUGUCAACUGGAAAGACACAGUGGUCAAAAGCUUAUUAGUAGAGCCUGAAGGUAUUAAAAAAGAAACAACCCAGAGUUUCCUUAUCUGUACAAAAGGUACAAAAGCCUUGAAGCAAAUAGAUUUGCAGCUGCCAAGCGAUGUAAUAGAAGGGUCAGCCAGGUCCUUUGUCACCGUUGUAGGGGACAUCCUUGGAGUUGCAAUGCAGAAUCUGGAGAGCCUUCUCCAAAUGCCUUAUGGGUGUGGCGAGCAGAAUAUUGCCCAACUAGCCUCUGAUACCUAUGUUCUCGACUACCUGAGAGCUACUGAACAGCUGACGGAGGAAGUGAAGUCUAAGGCUCUGCUUCUCCUAUCUAAUGGCUAUCAGAAGCACUUGACUUUCAAAAACUCCGAUGGUUCAUACGGCAUGUUUUGCCAGAUGAAUCAGAAAGGAAGCAUACGGCUCAGUGCCCUUACUUUCAAGACACUAGAGAGAAUGAAGGAAUAUAUAUUCAUUGAAGACACAGUCCCAAAACAGACUUUAAUCUGGCUUUCAAGCAAGCAGAGAUCAAAUGGAUGCUUUAGAAGGGGCAACAAGCUUGUCAACAAUGCUUGGGAGGGUGGAGAUGAAGAGGAAGUGGUACUUACUGCUUAUGUCGUCACGGCCUUCCUUGAAGCUGGGCUCAAUUUCACUCUUCCUGCUCUCCGCAAUGGUUUCUAUUGCCUGGAGGAGGCAUUUGCAAGUGGUGUCACUCAUAGCUAUACUCGUGCUGUUCUGGCCUAUGUUUUUGCCUUAGCUGGGAAAGAACGGCAGGUGAAAUCCUUGCUCCAGAUCCUGGAUCAAUCUGCUAUAAAAAUAAAUAAUGUGAUCUAUUGGGAAAGAGAAACAAAAUCCAAGACAGAAGAACACCCAUCCUUCAUUCCUUCAGCACUUUCUGGAGAGACUGAGAAGACUUGCUAUGUGCUGUUGGCUGUCAUUUCCCAGGUCAUUCUGAACCUCGACUAUGCCAGUAAGAUUGUGCAGGGGCUUGCCCAGCGGAUGAACUCCCACGGAGGCUUCUCUGCCACCCAGGACACCACAGUCUGCCUUCUCGCCCUGACGCGCUACAUGAAAUUAACUGGCUCUAAUGUUCAAAGCACAGUCACCUUGAGAACUGAGGAAUUCCAGGAGAUUUUCUCAGUUAAAAGUGAUAAUCGCCUUUUGGUACAGCGUUCAAAAUUAUCUGAAGGACGUGGGCAGUACGCUGUGGAAGUGGAAGGACAAGGCUGCACGUUUAUCCAGGCUAUCCUUAGGUACAAUGUGCCACUACCUAAGAAAGUAUCUGGAUUUUCCCUUUCUGUGGAAAUGGUAAAGAGCAACUCUUCAGACAUAUUCCAGACUAAGUUUAACCUCACGGUGACUCUCACAUAUGCUGGAACUCAUAAUAGCUCCAAUAUGGUCCUCGUGGAUGUAAAAAUGCUCUCAGGGUUUAUUCCAGUCCUGUCGUCCAUUGAGGAGCUUAAAAACAAUGGCCCCGUAAUGAAGACCAACAUGAAGAAUGACCAUGUUCUUCUCUACUUGGAAAAUGUGUCUAACACAGCAAUCAGUUUCACCUUUUCUGUUGAGCAGAGCAACCCUGUGUCCAACGUUCAGCCAGCCCCAGUCAUGGUCUACAGUUUUGAACACGAUGAAUAUGCCCUUGAUUCUUACAACAUCAAUAGCUUUUCAGUUUCCCAGUAAGACAAAAUAAAACAAAGGGAAUGGCAGAAACUAUUUCUUUAAAUAAACUCCUCUUCUGAUCUCCAUCCUGGGUGAGAGCCACAACAACCUCACAUUCUGAAGAGUCUGAAAUCAACUACUACGUCUUCUUGUCAGAUUUUAUUUCUUCCUAUUAAAUGUCAUCAUUUCAAAUCUGA